AUGACAUCCUCCGAGCUCCUGGGUCUCGACGACCAACAAUCCGCCUCCACCUUCCCCACUUCGCGAUCUCUACUCCUUCCCCAGCCCCUGCAUUCCAAUGAUUCCGACAAUGCAUCUCUUCUCUCUUCCGCGUCUGCCGCUCCGAGCAUCAUUGACCCCGAUUCACCACAGAUCGAGGAGAUCGUCCGCGAGCUCGUCGGUUGUCUCCGUGGUUCAUCCGAGUCUGCCCAGCGAAUUGCGAUCUUUAAGCUAUACUCCAACAUUGACAACCCGCGCAUCGCCUCGCUAUACGUCCAAUCCGGUGGCCUCGAUGCAAUCCACUCCAUUCUUCUUUCAGACAAUCCGCCAAACACAGUAGCCUAUGCACUGAGUCUGAUGAGCAAGCUAGUAGAUCAGGGACUUGCCUGGACAGUCCCCGACGAGGCUAUCAUCGACAAGUUGAUUGACAUUUUCGCGACCGAGACGCAAUUCAAUCUGCUCAGAGCGUCUUUGACCGCCCUUGUGUCGAUGAUCGCCUGCUACUCCAAAGACCCCAAGUAUGCCCUUUUUCACGGCAGCGCGGGAAACAUGCGUCUCCUCAAAUACAUUGAGAAGUAUCCCGGAUUCCUGCACUCGCUUGUUGGGAAACUCAGCUUUGCCGAAAAUCAGGUCGUGCUGUCCGCCAUGACGCUCAUCAACCUUGCCGUGCGCGACAUUCUGGGCCAGGUUGCGGACGACAAAGAUCUUUCCGAGGAUGAGCACAAGGCUAUGGAGACUUGGCCUCGGCUGAUGCGCAUGCUGCAGACCACAGGUGUUGUGCACCGCGUAUUUGAGCUCAUGCUCGAACCGGCAGGUAGUCGCGGGCCUGACCUUUCGCAGCAGUUGAUGCAAUUCCAGCUUUUAAUGAUGCAAGUCAUGCAUCGCUGGCAAAAGCGCGUGAUUGACAUCGAGCACCGGCACCAUCAUCGUGAAGCUCUCGAGACGCUUUUUGGGAUUGCAAAAAAGCAGAUUGCUGCAGUGCAGGAUGUCGAGACGUUGUCGGACCAAUACAUAUGGCGCAAGAUGGGCGUGCGCUAUGUCGACGACCCCGUCAAAGACUUUGAGCAGGCCGGCUGGCUCGGCGUCAUUGAUCUCAUGUCAACUAUCGAAACUGACCCGAUGCUGUUUGCCAGAAUCCUGCAUUCGCAGUGGGCCCUUCCAAACGAAGAACGUCAAUGCCCAAUCGUGCAGGCAAGCGUAAUGGUCUCACAAAUCCUCUGCGAUCUAUUCGGAAUCACAGAUUACGACCACAACGCGCGAACGCAGCAAAUGGCAGCCGGCGGUGCGCAGGCAAACGACCGACUCGAGCCCCUCCUCCUGCGCUGGUCCAGUCUACAUUCCGGAGGCUUGCUUGCCUUUGUGCGAAUCUGGGGCGACUCUAAAUCGCGAAUGCCGGUCAAGCUCGGCAUCGCCGAAAGCGAGCGCGUGCAUGAUUUCAAGAUCGUUGCCGAGCUCGUGCGCGUGAUGUUUCGAUUUGUUCGUCGACAGCUCGACAAGAAUCCCAAGCUGGACGUGAAAUCCUACAUGAGCUCGAUUCCUUACCGAGCCUUGCGUCGGAUUCAAAUGGAGUACAUCGAGAGCGACCAGACCGGCCGGUUUUUGUUUGACUCGUCUGAGCUUCUGUUGCUGAAGCGGCAGGUUGCAGUUGAGGUGUUUGACUACGUCGCCAAACAGCGAGUCGAUUGCUUGACAGAAGGUUCGUGGUUUGCCGUUCCUGAAGUUUCCGAAUCGGCGUCAACGAUUACCAAGAGUAUGUUCAACGGCGCAGCGGCGGCGUCAAAAAGUUUUCUGAAUAUGAACACGAAGCGAGGAGGGGCUGAGACAAGCGACGGCGUGAGUGUGUUCUCGAAAAGCUCAAACGGGUCAUCAAACGCUGGUAGCAGUAGCAACACAAUCACGGCCGCCGAAAGCAGCGGCAAACCCCGCCGUUAUUCGUAUCGGUUCAUAAAACUCUCGAGCAGUCGUAAUCAGCUACGAUGGGGAGAUUUUGACCGCAAGCCUGCAGCUGGAGUAAGGCAAGAGCCAGGCUUAGAUGAAUUACCUAACGAGCUUGACCUGUCAUCUGUCUCAAGAAUCGUGGUUUCUGAUAAUGUCAAAGUCACCAGUUUUUCAUUGAAUGAUUUGAUGGAGUUGCCUCCACUGCAAGUGAUUGAACCCGGAACUACCUCACGGAAGCAUUCAGCGUCGUCCAACAGUAGCAGCGGCUCGAACAAACAAGACAGCAAGCCAGCAUCAGGAUCACAGUCUACUUCCCCGCCGCAGAACCGGACGGUGUCCGGAACGACGUCGGUCCAGAGCAACCUCCUCGCCGCUCUUUCCGGUGGCAAAGACAAGUACUCAUUCAAGAUCUCUCUCUACGCCUCUGACCGUUCAGCGGGAUCAAAAGAGAGUCUACUGUUACAAAUAACCUCGCCGUCACUCGACAUCGCGGCAGAAUGGUACGAUGGGCUCAACAUAUUGCUGCGACGCAACGGGUUUGCAAAAAUAUUACAGCCGUCGGUGCAGAGUAUUACAUGGCAGUCCGCUUCCGCUGUCGGAAUGUCUCCCGCCUCGUCAACCAGCAGCUCGCGCUAUUCAACCUACCAGUUCGACGGCCGCGAGAGUACCUCGUCCAGCGCCACCACCGCCUCUUCAACUCCCCGCCCAGCAACCGCAACAGCGGCGCGAGCAAGUGGCGGAGGUCGAAGCAAGUACUAUACCAUCAGCGGCGAGCAAAUCACAAAGGCAGCGCCCGAAGCAAUACUGCUCGCGCAUAUCCUUUCGACGCCAAUUAGCGCAACGGAGGAGACGGGAAAGUGUAUAAAGACGAUCGCACAGAUGCUUGUUCAUUACCGGGGGUUGAGUUUUUCUUCGCUGUUGACGAAAUACUCGGAUGUCGAUGCGAGACGGAAGUUUUAG